UAGUUUGUAUUAUCUAAACUGACUAGGAGGGAGAAAUGAGAGAGAACGAUAGUAUGCGAAAGAUCGAGAAACCUCUGCUUGGUAAGACUCUGAAGCAAUCCAACCUCAGAGAAAUCGCCUUCCCCCUUCAGUGAUACAGUAAGUUUGGUAUCGUCGCUGAGCCUCCCUCAAAUCAUCAAGGGUAGGGGCAUCAUGAACAAGAAUAGGAAAGAGAGAGAAAUGCUACAUUUCUCUUGACCACCUAUUCAUUCGGGGGCUGCACAUUCGCGUCACAUUCGGGUUGUCAUACAGAUUUAAACACAUUGUCAGUGGUGUUCACUAUAUACGUGAUCUAUUAUAUUCAAUACUAUAUAAUCAUAUUCAGUGAUAUGUAUGUUUAUUAACUGUGAUAAUGUUGUAAUUUAGUGUGUUUUUAUAAAAAUUGUGGAAUAUUCAUAAAUUAUGAAGAAAACCUUGAAUUUUACAAAAUCAGUCGGUAUAAAUAUAAAGAAAUUUUUAAGUUAUUAAACAAAUUGUUAAAUAAAACUUGCGUGGAAAAAGUUAUGAUACCAUCUCCUGCUGCAAUGUUUAAAAAUUUGGAGCAACGAACUGCUUCGAAUUUUUUGAUGGAGAAUCUUUUACAGAGAAAUGCAACCCCAGAUAGUGAAUUAAGUUUAACUUUGAAUAAUUGGGCAGCAAGUUGGAUGGCUUGUCAACGUGAGAAAGAAAAUAAUGCUAUCACAGUCGGUAAUCUUGGACUUGAUAAAAGAUUACGGCGUCAUCCAGAUAGUAUUGGUGACCUUGAAGAGAAUGGGUCUGUCAGAAUAGAUGUAGAUAUGGAAACUGAAACCGAACCUGAAACGGAUGGUGAGUUCCUUACUUAUCACGAGCAAGUGACUCAAUUAAGAUUAGCUAAAAGAAUAAAAGUUGAAGAUAAUCGUCUCCAAGAUGAUGAUCAAGUAUCAAGAGAUUUAGAGCUUGAUAGAGAUUGGGUAGGUUAUGAUAAUCCAGAUUCGUUAAGAAUAACCACGGAAAGUGAAGAAAGGAUCGGUGUUGAAGAAACUUAUAGCAAUAAUUGUAGCGAUGAUCAGUGUGGCCGGGAUAUGAGUCCAAUUAAUUCAUAUACAUCACCUAUCACUAAGUCAUCUCGGACUAUUCAAAUAAAAGAAAAACCGGAACUCAAAUUCGGUGUAAAGGCUAUUCUUGCCGAUGAUUAUGAGCGCCGUCGCAACAGUGAAAAUUUUCAGACACUACAACAAGCAGGUGGAAUUCCGACGGCAACUACAACAGCUUAUUCCCACAAUCUCCAAGGAUCUCCACCAAUUCAAGUUAACUAUACAGCAGGAAUUGCAAAGCCCAUCGCAAGACCAACAGCAUAUCACCCUCAUCAUCCAACACAUCCGAGUCACCCAACUGGGCCGACACAACAUCACUUCACAGCUCAUGCACAUCACACCCUCCAGUUAUUGGCUUGUCGAGGACCUUAUCUCACUAUAACCAAUCCAGCAGGUGGACCACACAUGUCAGGGACCACUACAGUAGCGGGAGGAACAUUUUCGAAUGGAAUGCAACCUAACAUUACUGAAUUAGCAAACAUGAAUAUAUGUUUUCCUUGGGCUGGAAGCGCUCGUGGUAGACCGCGAAAAGGGAUGAUGAGAAGAGCUGUGUUUUCAGAUACUCAAAGGCGGGGUCUAGAAAAAAGAUUCCAAAUUCAAAAGUAUAUUAGUAAACCAGAUCGGAAAAAACUUGCAGAAAGAUUGGGACUCAAAGACUCACAGGUAAAAAUUUGGUUUCAAAAUCGUCGAAUGAAGUGGAGAAACAACAAAGAGAGAGAGCUGAUGGCAUCGGGUGGUUCACGAGAACAAACAUUGCCAAAUAAAAACAAUCCAAAUCCUGACUUAAGUGAUACUGAUGGUGAUAGACCUAGAAUAGAUCUUAGUGAUGUUAGUCCUAUAGCGAGUCCACGAAGAUCUACCGAUGACCUUACUGACAAUGAAGAAAAUGAAGAGAUUAUUAAUGUUACGUGAUCAUGAUGAAAUUUAUUUAACUUAUGAAUACAUUAACAAUUAUUUAAACAGUUACGUAAUGAAGUAGCGUAAAUCAUUCUUGAUUUUAAUUAAUCAUCAUUUAAGUUUACGAAAUAACAGACUCGUUAAUAUACAAUUGUACCAUAUUGUAAUUAGUAAUUUAUAUGCAUAAUUAAGGGAGAAAUAUCUUAACUCAAUUGAAAAUAAAGAGUAUAAAAUGCUAAAACUUUUUAAGCAAUUGUCUAAUCUCAAAAUAAAAUUAAAAUAAUAAUGUUAGUAAUUCUUAUGGUGUGAAUACUUAAAAUAAGAUGAUAACAAGUUACGAGCAUUGAUCUUGAUAUAAUUGAUGUAAUAUAUUGCAAUAA